AUGGAUGUAAAUGAGCUCUCGUACCGAUACCAAGGCAAUGAGGGAGAAACAGUACCCAAAACUGUGCAAAAGCUGACUUUCAGUUCAGGCAUUCAGGUUUUACCGGAUGAAUUGUGCUAUGAGUGUCGUGAUUUGCAGGAAGUAACUCUUCCUGAACGGUUGGUCAAGAUCAGCGAUGGUGUUUUUUAUCGCUGCACAAGUUUGUGGGAAAUCAAGAUACAAUGUACGGUGGAAUCCAUUGGGGACGUUUCAUUUAUGUUUUGCAAAGCGCUGAAGAAAGUGGAGUUUGAAGAGUCGUCAUCGUCUACUUCGCCCCAUCGGCUAGAGAUAAUUGGCAACGCUGCUUUCGCUUCUUGCUCGCUACAAAGAAUCAAGAUUCCCUCGUCUGUGAACACCCUUGGCAAAUCUGCCUUUGAUGCGUGUAACGUCUUGAUAGAAGCAGAUCUGUCAACGACCUCCAUCACUGAGAUCCCCAGGAAAAUCUUCAGUCGUUGUCGCUCCCUUCAAACUGUGAGACUGCCAAACUCAUUGGAGCGCCUUUGUGAUUAUUCAUUUUUUUCGUGCAUUGGAUUGGUUACAGUUAUAGUUCCCAUCGAUUCAAAACCGAUCAAGAUUGGAGAGAAAGUCUUUGGUAGUUGCCGUGCUCUUGCAAAUAUUGUUCUACCAAAAGGGUCCACUGCCGACGAAGAUGUUUUUGUUGGAUGCACACUAUUACAUGGACGCUUUGGUGGAGAAUCAGAUGGUAUUGUCGACGGUUUAGUACACCGGUUUGACACUUUUCCUGUCCACAGAAUCUGCUACGACAAUUCCUCUGUCACCACCCAAGAACUUGGCGAGUGUAUUCAGAGGACGAAGGACAACAACAAGGCACCAUUUGUGGAUGAGUUCGGAAUGACUCCAUUCCAUGUUCUCUUUUCGACUAUCAGUCCAAGGGAAGAUCUCCUCGAAGGCCUUCUGGAAAAAUAUGUAGAUCAUGAUACCGGUAUUCUGGAUAGCAAAGACGCAAAUGGCAAACAACCACUGGAUUACUUGGUCACCAAUUGGACUGAAACAUCUGCACCCUUGCUUGAAACGACACUACAAAGAUGGGCGAUUGAUCCACUGGUUCACUGGGGUACUACAACCUGGAUGGAGGACAUUCAAAGAAAGGUGCAAGCUAUACUACUUGCUGAAGACGACAACGAACUAAGGGAAGCUUUGUACGAUGGAGCUUGUUCUGACUUUGCACAUUACAGAUUUAUGGAAAUCACUUCGAUCUUUGAAAUGGCCUUGUGGAAAGGUCGACUCAAGGGCAUAUGCAGUAAUGAUGGUGCCAAACGACAGGCGCUAGAACGAGAAGAGUGCCGGUGUGUCUGUGGAUCACACAUUGUGAUUCCGAACGUAGUGCAGUUCUUGGAGAUCCCAAGGGCUACAUCUCAAGCCGAUUGA